AAGAAGUCAGAGAUGACAAUUUGAAUCGUAUCAGUCACCUUGGUUCUUCCCAACUGAAUUCUUUUUUUAUUCCACCAAAAGUCUUCUAACAUAAUAUAUUAUCAGAAUGAAGUCAGCCCUUGUCUUCCUGGCCGCGGCCGGUCUUGUUGCCGUGAUGAAUGCCCUUCCGUUCGGGUUUGGACCUCCCCCGCCAGGGGGCCCUGGUGGUCAGCAAGGCGGUCAACAAUUUGGCCAAGGUGGUCAACAAUUUGGCCAAGGUGGUCAACAAGGCCAACAAGGCGGUCAGCAAGGACCUCCUCAACAACAAUACGGCCAAGGUGGUCAACAAAGCCAACAAGGAUUUCCCCAACAGCAGUUCGGCCAAGGUGGUCAACAAGGCCAACAAGGACCUCCCCAGCAACAGUUCGGUCAAGGUGGUCAACAAGGCCAACAAGGACCUCCCCAACAACAAUUCGGCCAAGGACAGCAAGGCGGUCAACAAGGUAGCCAAUACGGACCUCCCCAACAAGGCGGUCAGCAAUACGGCGGUCAACAGCAACAACAAGGGCCUCCCCAACAAGGCGGCCAACAGCAACAACAAGGACCACCUCAACAAGGUGGUCAACAACAAGGUGGCCAACAACAAGGUGGUCAACAAGGACCUCCCCAACAAGGCGGUCAACAAGGACCUCCCCAACAAGGCGGUCAACAAGGUGGUCAACAAGGCGGUCAACAAGGACCUCCCCAACAAGGUGGUCAACAAGGACAGCAAGGCGGUCAGCAAGGACCUCCCCAACAAGGUGGUCAACAAGGACAGCAAGGCGGUCAGCAAGGACCUCCCCAACAAGGUGGUCAACAAGGCGGUCAACAAGGACCUCCCCAACAAGGUGGUCAACAAGGACAGCAAGGCGGUCAGCAAGGACCUCCCCAACAAGGUGGUCAACAAGGACAGCAAGGCGGUCAGCAAGGACCUCCCCAACAAGGUGGUCAACAAGGACAGCAAGGCGGUCAACAAGGACCUCCCCAACAAGGUGGUCAACAAGGACAGCAAGGCGGUCAGCAAGGACCUCCCCAACAAGGUGGUCAACAAGGACAGCAAGGCGGUCAGCAAGGACCUCCCCAACAAGGUGGUCAACAAGGCGGUCAACAAGGACCUCCCCAACAAGGUGGUCAACAAGGACAGCAAGGCGGUCAGCAAGGACCUCCCCAACAAGGUGGUCAACAAGGACAGCAAGGCGGUCAGCAAGGACCUCCCCAACAAGGUGGUCAACAAGGCGGUCAACAAGGACCUCCCCAACAAGGUGGUCAACAAGGACAGCAAGGCGGUCAGCAAGGACCUCCCCAACAAGGUGGUCAACAAGGACAGCAAGGCGGUCAGCAAGGACCUCCCCAACAAGGUGGUCAACAAGGACAGCAAGGCGGUCAGCAAGGACCUCCCCAACAAGGUGGUCAACAAGGACAGCAAGGCGGUCAGCAAGGACCUCCCCAACAAGGUGGCCAGCAAGGUCAGGGACAAGGACAGCAAGGGCAACAAAGUCAAGGACAGCAACGCCCUAUGCAGUUUUAGAUUACUGCGUCUUUUAUUCGCAUCUUUGCCGUUAGAUUUUCUAAACUUUGUUAGGAUAUUGGUAAAAUCAUCGGCAAACUUUAAAAAUGUAAGGCAAUUUUUGCCGUUGGGAUCGUUGAAAACACUUUAAAAUGAGACCAUUAAACUGCACAAGUUAAACAUUAACAAA